AUGGCCAUUCUCUCAACUCAGCAGUCAAAAAAGUCGAUGCCGCUCGAUGAAAAAUGGCUUCUUGUGCCAGCGUUUCUGAAGGUACGGGGGCUUGUCAAACAGCACAUUGUGAGCUUCGACUAUUUUGUCAACGAGGAAAUCAAAACAAUAAUGCUUGCGAAUCAGAAGAUCACCACAGAAGCUAUUUUUGCUCUUAAGAUCAAAGGGAUUGAACCAGGUAAUUUCCUUCCUACCCACCAUCUUCAGAUUCAUGAUAAGAUCACGCCGCAAGAAUGUAGACUAAGAGACAUGACGUAUGCUGCUCCAAUAAAUGUCGAUGUCGAGUACACUCGUGGUAAUCAAAGAGUUAUCAAACGUGAUUUAACCAUUGGCCGAAUGCCCAUAAUGCUUAGAUCGAGCAAGUGCAUCCUGAAAGAUUUGGCUGAGGAGGAGCUGGCCCGUGUUCAGGAAUGUCCAUAUGAUCCCGGAGGUUAUUUCAUUGUCAAAGGAUCGGAGAAGGUCAUUCUGAUUCAAGAACAGCUCUCAAAAAACAGGAUAAUGAUAGGAAGAAAUUCAAAUAAAGAUCUUCAGUGUGAGGUUCUCUCUUCCACUGCUGAGAAAAAGAGUAAAACAUAUGUGAUUGCUCGCCGGAAUAAGUAUUGGCUACGUCAUAAUCAGUUGAACGAUGAUGUUCCUGUCGCAAUUGUCUUCAAGGCUAUGGGUGUAGAAUCUGACUACAAUAUUAUCAGUGCCAUUGGACUAGAAGAGAAGUAUGUUACCGCGUUUGCGGCUUCUUUAGAUGAGUGUAAUGCCAACCAUAUCUCUACACAACAGCAAGCGAUCAAUUAUUUAACUACGAAAAUCAAAGCCCGCAAAUUUGGAGCUCCGUACGGAGGUGGUGCAGCGUCUGCAGGGACUCCAGUACCAAAAGAACAUGAGGCAGUUGAUUUCCUCUCAAGCUCUAUGAUCUGCCAUAUUCCUUGUCAUGAUGGUAAUUUCAAGAUGAAAGCUAUAUUUCUGGGUUUAAUGACUAGGAGGUUAAUUCAAGCUGAGUUGGGUGAAUGCGAACUAGAUGACCGAGACUUUUAUGGUAACAAACGUCUUGAAUUAGCCGGCUCGCUACUGUCGCUACUGUUCGAAGAUGUGUUGAAACGUUUCAACGCCGAAUUGAAAAGAGUAGCGGACAACUCAUUAGGAAAAACACUUGCUGCACCUCUUGAUAUUGUCAAACAUAUGCGCCAGGAUCUCAUAACGAAUGCCAUUGCUAAUGCUCUGUCUACGGGUAAUUGGAUAAUUAAGCGGUUCAGAAUGGAACGACAUGGAGUGACACAGGUGUUGAGUCGGCUGUCAUACAUUUCUGCUCUAGGAAUGAUGACUAGGAUCAAUUCAACUUUUGAGAAGACUCGCAAGGUUUCCGGUCCGAGAUCACUGCAGCCCUCCCAGUGGGGGAUGUUGUGUCCGAGUGAUACGCCAGAAGGAGAAGCUUGCGGUCUGGUCAAAAACUUAGCCCUCAUAUCUCAUAUUACAACCGAUUCUGAUGAGAGGCCUGUGCUUCGAUUGCUUUUCAAUUCUGGAGUGGAAGACUUGCAAAAUAUGCAUUUCUCCCAUAUCAAUAAUCCAAACUACCACCAAGUUUUCCUUAAUGGUCUGCUGGUUGGGACUACUGUUGAUCCAGCCCGUGUAGUGCGUGCAGUCCGAACAGUGAGGAGAAGUGGCUUGCUGUCCGAGUUUGUAUCCGUUUCUCGAUCCAUUCCAUUGCGUGCUGUUUACAUCGCAAGUGAUGGAGGCCGACUCUGCCGCCCAUAUUUGAUUGUUGAGGAUGGAAAAGUUCUUCUCCAGCCUCAUCAUAUUCAGGAAUUAAAAGAUGGUCAGCGUAUUUUCGAAGAUUUCGUAGAUGACGGAUUGAUAGAAUACUUGGAUGUAAAUGAAAUGAAUGACGCCUAUAUUGCUGUGUAUGAGAAAGAUGUAAAUCCCAAAACGACCCAUUUGGAGAUAGAACCUUUCACUCUACUCGGAGUUUGUGCUGGUCUUAUACCAUACCCGCAUCACAAUCAAUCACCUAGGAACACGUAUCAAUGUGCUAUGGGUAAACAAGCCAUGGGAACCAUAGGAUACAAUCAGCAGAAGCGAAUCGAUUCCAUAAUGUACCUGCUUUGUUAUCCCCAACGACCGCUGGUGAAGUCGAAAACUAUUGAGUUGAUCAAUUUUGAAAAGCUCCCAGCUGGUGCUAAUGGAAUCAUAGCAGUCAUGUCUUAUAGUGGGUAUGAUAUUGAAGACGCACUAGUUCUAAAUAAAGCAUCACUGGAUCGAGGCUAUGGUAGAUGUUUGGUUUAUAAACAUGCUAAAGGAACUGCUAGAAAGUAUCCUAAUCAAACAUAUGAUCGCUUAAUGGGUCCUUCAUUGGAUCCAAUCACGAGGAAGCCGAUCUACAAAAAUAUGUUAUGUUGGAAUGUUCUAUUAGAAAUAUUCGUUCUCGAUCAGGAAGGCAUUGUCUUUGCUGGGGCACGUAUUUGUUCGAAACAGACUAUGAUCAACAAGCACAUGCCAGUUGUGUCCCAAGACGCUGCUGCGGCGACAGCUCAACAAUAUAGAGAUGUUUCUAUCACCUAUAAGAAUCCAGUUCCGUCAUAUGCAGAGCGCGUGCUGUUGACUUACAACGAUGAGGAAGCACAUCUUGUCAAAAUCCUUCUCAGGCAAACGAGGCGACCGGAGUUAGGAGACAAAUUUUCUUCGCGACAUGGGCAAAAAGGAGUGUGUGGGUUGAUUGCUGCUCAGGAAGACCUGCCUUUCAAUGACCUUGGUAUGGUCCCGGAUAUGAUUAUGAACCCUCAUGGAUAUCCAUCUCGAAUGACAGUGGGAAAGCUUAUGGAAUUGCUCAGCAGCAAGAAUGCCGUACUAAGUGGACGUUAUCACUACGGUACAGCUUUCGGUGGCGAUCAGGUUAGCGAUGUGUGCAACGAAUUGGCAUCGCGUGGGUACAAUUACCUAGGUAAAGAUAUGAUGACUAGUGGAAUCACGGGUCAACAACUGGCUGCAUACAUCUAUUUUGGACCAAUCUACUACCAGAAGCUCAAACAUAUGGUGCUUGACAAAAUGCAUGCGAGAGCACGAGGACCAAGAGCGGUGCUAACCCGUCAGCCUACAGAAGGCCGUUCCCGUGAAGGUGGACUUCGAUUAGGUGAAAUGGAGCGUGAUUGUUUGAUAGCUUACGGAGCAUCGAUGCUGCUGAUGGAGCGCUUGAUGGUGUCAUCGGAUGAAUUUAAGGUGGAAGUAUGUUCGGACUGCGGUCUCAUAGGAUAUCAUGGUUGGUGUCAGAACUGUCGAUCGAGCAAAUCACUAGCUAACAUCAAGAUUCCGUAUGCAUGCAAAUUACUCUUCCAAGAGCUGCAGUCGAUGAAUAUUGUGCCUAAACUUGAAUUAGGUAGAUAUACUGAUUAA